AUAGUUAGAGAGGGUUGGAGGAGUGAGGUGUGUAUACUAAAGAAUAUAAGAUAGAAGAUUGGGGUUAGGGUUUGAUCGGACGCAAUGGCUGGCACCGGCAUCCACCCAUACCACCAGCAAUGGGCUCCGGCGGCUGCCGCUCCUCCUCCUCCUCCGGCAGCCGCGGGCGGUCCUCCUCCUCACCCUGGGGAGGAGGUUCGAACGAUAUUCAUAACUGGUCUUCCGGAAGACGUGAAAGAGAGAGAGCUGCAGAAUCUGCUGAGAUGGCUGCCCGGUUUCGAAGCAUCUCAACUGAAUUUCAAAGCUGAGAAGCCAAUGGGUUUUGCUCUCUUCUCCGCACCACACCAAGCACUCGCCGCCAAAGACAUUCUUCAGGACAUGCUCUUCGAUCCAGACACCAAGUCCGUCCUCCACACUGAGAUGGCAAAGAAAAAUCUAUUCGUCAAAAGAGGAAUCGGAGCUGCUGAUGCGGGCGGUGCUUUUGAUCAAAGUAAGCGCUUAAGGACAGCCGGAGAUUAUACACACAGUGGCUAUACAAGUCCAUCUCCUUUUCAUCCUCCCCCGCCUCCCGUGUGGGGACCACAUGGAUACAUGGCUCCGCCUCCUCCUCCUCCUCCAUAUGAUCCAUAUGCUGGCUAUCCCGUUGCGCCUGUACCAAUGCCCACUCCUGCUCCCAUACCAGCACCUAGCACUUAUGUUCCUGUUCAGAACACAAAAGAUAACCCUCCUUGCAACACCCUGUUUAUUGGGAACUUGGGAGAGAACAUAAACGAGGAAGAAGUCAGGGGCCUUUUCAGUGUACAACCUGGUUUUAAGCAAAUGAAGAUUUUAAGACAGGAGAGGCAUACAGUUUGCUUCAUCGAGUUUGAAGAUGUGAAUAGUGCUACGAAUGUGCACCAUAAUCUGCAGGGUGCUGUUAUCCCAAGUUCUGGUUCCAUUGGCAUGCGGAUACAAUAUUCAAAAAAUCCAUUUGGAAAAAGGAAAGAUAAUCUUCCUAUUGCUGUUCCUAGUGCGAAUGGAGCUCCACCAACAAUGACUUAUCAGUAGCUUGAAGGGGAUGUACUCUGUUCUUUAUGCUCCGACAAAUAUUACUACAUAAUAGGAUGCAUCUUGCAGCUGUCACAUGCAUCCAUUGAUCAUCAAGUCAUCGCCAUUAGCAUCCUUGCUCAUGUGAAUGAAUGCAGUGGCAUCAUCAUAUACAUACAUUUGGCUAUGUUAAUACUAAUCGGACAUGCAUAUCUUGGCAACAUGCGUUGGUUCCUGGAUUACUUUCGUAGGUGUUUAGAUUAUGUAUGUUAUCACCUGUAGAAUUGAUGCAUGGGUCUAAGUUUUGUUUAAAUUGCGGGCUUUAUGGUCAUAUACUUUGUGUACAUUGGCAUUAGGAAUGUUAUUCAAACAGGUUUUGGCCUAUAUUUUACAACUUUUAGGUUCAUUUGGUGCUUUAUUUGACAUGACAUAUUUAUGGUGAUGCUUACUUUGAAUUCAUGUCACGACUUGGUUAGGGUCUGGAGAAAUAAGGAUGUCAUACCUAUGGUCAUGCUGCCCUUUCCACUAUCAUAUUACCAUUGUCAUUACAACAUAUUUAACUUUUUUUCCCCAAUUGAAUCCGUCAUUCAUGACUCCAUUUGAUCAGAGCAUUGAUGUUGAUGCUUUGAAAUUCAGAGUUAUUUAAAGGAAAUCCCGGGAGUUAUAUGUUGUCUGAUUUAUACAGGAUUUCAAAACAUGACAAAGCUUCCUUUCAUAAUGGGAGAUCCAUUACUGCUGCUGCCAUAUCAUUGCAGGUAAUUUUUUUGUUUGCUUGGGUGAACUACCGACAAAUUAGGUUGGAACUUCUGUCGAUUAUCAAGUGAAGCAGCCUUUCAAUUAUAUGAUGCCCUGAGUUUCUCAUUAAACAGCUAGCUGACUAGUCAUUUUGUCACCGACGAGCUAAUUCUGUGCUAGUUUUCAAAAUCUACUAUUGUAGCAAAAGUUUAAUCUGUGUAACAGAAGAAACUGAUAGGUUAAGAAUAAAUACCGUGGAAAAUAGAGUAAUGGUUGUGGAAUAGCAACUUUGGAUUUUCGAUAUUGAAAGCUCCUACACGGUUCAUAAUUAUCUAUGAACGGUAGUUCAAGUUUUGCCAUGAAA